AUGUCAGAUACAGAGGAUCAAGUUGAAGUUCAAGAACAACAAGAGAAGAAGAAAUAUGGAAAGAACAAAAAAGAGAGAUCUGAUUUAGAUAUUCCAGAGGGUAUAGACCCAUGGAAACCUUUACCACUCUCCAAAGACGAUGUACCACGUCGUGUUUUAUAUGAUGAGUCGUCGUUCUCUACUCUGUUUCCAAAGUACAGAGAGAAAUACAUCAAAGAGAUUUGGCCAUUGGUCGAGAAGGAAUUGAAUGAACACGGUAUCGUUUGCAAACUAGAUCUCAUUGAUGGUAGCAUGUCUGUCACCACCACCAAGAAGUGUUGGGAUCCAGUUGCAAUCCUUAAAGCACGUGAUCUCAUUCGUUUAUUAUCUCGUUCUGUUCCAUUCCAUCAUGCAAAGAGAAUUAUGUUGGAUGAAAAUAAUUGUGAUAUUAUAAAGAUUGGUGGAUCCGUUAGAAAUAAAGAGAGAUUUGUAAAGAGAAGACAAAGAUUGAUUGGACCGGAUGGUGCAACAUUAAAGUCGAUCGAGUUGCUUACUAGAUGCUAUGUUUUGGUGCAGGGUACAACGGUUGCUUCGAUCGGUCCGUGGGAUGGAUUGCUCCAGGUCAACAAGAUCGUAGAGGACUGCAUGAAGAAUAUACAUCCGAUAUACAAUAUCAAGGAGAUGAUGAUCAGACGUGAGUUGAUGAAGGAUGAAUCGCUAAAGACAGAGUCGUGGGAUCGUUUCAUUCCAAAGUUCAAGAAGAACAACGUUCAGAGCAGCAGAGACAUUGCCAAAAUCAAACAAAAGAAGAAGCAGAUCAAACAAAAGAAGAAGGACACCGGUCCAUUCGCACCCGCUCAACUACCAAGAAAAGAAGAUCUCGAAAUGGCAAGCGGAGAGUACUUUUUGUCAGAGGCAAAGAAAGCUGAAAAGAAAAAGAAAGAACGUGAAGAGAAACAAGCAGAGGCUGUCGCCAAGAAACAACAGGAGCGUGCAUCUUCACUGGUUGCACCAGCCGAGAAAGAGAGACCACACUACAGCAAUAAUCAACAAAAUAACUUACCAUCCAAAGAGGAAUCUCUAAAGAAGAUUCAAGAGAACUUGAAAAUUGAAAUUACAAGACUUUAA